ACAAUUAUUACAUUUUGAUUUGACCCCUUUAAUUUUUGAAAUUCACAAUUUGGACACACACUGGUCUUCUGAAUUCUGAUAUUCUCCAGCGAGUUGUGAAUUCCGAUUCGAGCGAGUCCGCGAUGUUCUUCCUCCGAGUUCACUCAGUGGAGAGCGAGCACCCUAUCGAUCCCCAACUCAUCUUCUCAGCUCCCCAAUCCCAAUCCGAAUCGAACCCUAAAUUCAGCGAACGUAGAGGCGUACUCCACUUGUUCAGAAGCGCGUCGCACUCUUCGAUCCCAAGCCCUAACUCUCAUUCCUCUCUCGUUUUCAUCCUCGCCAUCCCUAACUACCUCUCCUUCGACGACUUCAUUCGAUUCUGUGGUCCCCACCUCGACCACCUCGAUCAUCUUCUCUUCAUCAGGAACGAUGGGAUGGAAGAUCGGUAUAGUGUGUUGAUCAAGUUUGUUGAUCAAUUCGCUGCUGAUGGAAUUUAUAGCGAUUUCAAUGGGAAGAAGUUUUCUCCUGGCGAGGCUGAGGUGUGCCAUAUUUUAUUUUUGCUUUCGGUGGAAUACUCAGAAUAUGCAGAAGUUUCCGGGACUCCUCCUGUAGGUUGUACAGAAAUACCAACUUGCCCAGUUUGCCUUGAGAGGUUGGACCAAGAUACAAGUGGAAUACUAACAACGCUUUGUGACCACUCAUUUCAAUGUCCUUGUGUCUCAAAGUGGACGUACUUGUCUUGCCAGGUGUGUCAAUUCUGUCAGCAACAGGAUGAGAAGCCAACCUGUUUUGUUUGUGGAACAUUAGAUGAUCUCUGGAUUUGUAUGAUUUGUGGAUUCGUUGGAUGUGGAAGAUAUAAAGAAGGACAUGCUAUUCGGCAUUGGAAAGAUACUCAGCAUUGCUAUUCUCUUGAUUUCAAAACUCAGCAAAUUUGGGAUUACGUGGGUGACAGUUAUGUCCAUCGACUGAACCAGAACCAGUCUAAAAUUGAUGGCAAGUUGGAGGAGACAAAUUUUCGCUGUAUGUCGCUUGAAGGAGAUUGUGGUAUUUGUGAAUGCCGUGAAGAUUUAGGAAUUAAUGGGGCCCUUUUCGGCAGUAAAGUUGAAGCAAUUGUGGAUGAAUACAACCGUCUUCUUGCCUCACAGUUAGAGACUCAAAGACAAUAUUAUGAAUCAUUACUAGUAGAGGCAAAAAGUAAAGUGGAAAGUUCCAUAUCUGAAGCAGUGGAGGAAGCUGCGACUUCUGGAAUGCAGGAUCUCCAAAAUGAACUGGAAAAGUGUACAGAAGAAAGAAAUGCCGUUGCUGAGGUCAAUCGGAAGCUCAUAAAAAAUCAAGAAAUUUGGCGAAAGAAGGUUAAAGAAGCUGAAGAGAGGGAAGCUGCAUCAAUAAAAUUGAUAAAUGAGAGGAUACUUGAUUUGGAGGAACAGAUUAGAGAUAUCAAGAUUUUUCUAGAAGCACAAAAAACAAUUGAUAAGAUGUCAGAUUCAAAUGGAAUCAAGGAGGGAACAGUCUUACCAGUGGCUUAUGAGCAAUCUUCUCCAGGAAGCAGUAAGAGAAACAGAAAGUCUGGUCGAAGGCGGAAUUAGUUGUAAUGUCAACCAGAUCAGAUCCCAUGUUCUUCGAACUUAUGGAAUAGUCUGCUUUUUAGGAGGGAAGGGCACUGCUUCUGGAUUACUGAUACUUGGUAAGGACCCAAACAGUUAGUUGAUGAUACAGAGGCAGAACCAACUCAGGGGUUGCUAUCUGCAUAUAUUAGAUAUUGUAUGCUUGAUGCUUGUACACAGUUAGUUCAACCACCAAGUGAUGCCCGUUCGUGGUUAUGUUGGUAAUUGACUUCGGUGCUAUAGGAAAAAUUAGCAAGCCGUACAACUGAACUCCAUUGCAACUUGUUUGCUUUAUGAGGGAUAUGGUCCCCGGAUAGGGUUGCACUAGGGUGGAAAUUUGAGAUUUGUCGCAAGGAUAUUUUUUUUGUAAUUUUGGAAAUAUAUUGA